AUCUCUCUCUCUCUCUCUCGAGUCUAUAUAUUUUAUUUCCCUAUUCCUGGGUUUUAUUAUUCUCUCCUCUUUGCUUUUGCUUCUUCUAUACUCCGAUUUUCCAGUUAUGGACUCGGCUUGGGUGGAUACUACUUUGGAUCUUAACAUCAAUCCUUGCCAAUCUCGCAACAAUAAAGCUAUGAAACGAGAAUUCGAGGGAGAUGUGGCCGACUCUGGUGUUAAGGUUCCGGUUAAAGAUGAGGCCAGUUUCAACUUCAAGAGUGGAGUUUUGGUGGAGGAAUUGAAUAGGGUGAGCGCCGAGAACAAGAGGCUAACCGAGAUGCUAACAGUUUUAUGCGAACAAUAAUACGCUUUGCAGCACCAAUUCAAUCAAGUAAAGAGCAAGACCUCUGAAAAUGAAGCUCCAUCAAAGAAGAGAAAAUCAGAGUGCGAGGAUUAC